UACUUCCUAUUUCCUUGUGUACCGUUGUUCAAACACUGUUGCACGGAGGGCCAGGGGGAAAUGGAGUACAGUAAAACGAAACGGAUAGCUUUCGUGUAGUUAUAUUAGUUUUCAGUUCGAGUCAACGAUCCGGGGAAUGAACGUUGACAUCAGACCUGACGGAGCACCACGGAUUCGUACCUCAUCGGACGAUGGCACCGAUGUCUCUCUGGACUUGACUUGUAUGAGGGAUUUUAAAGGGGGCCUAGUAACUUCUGAAAGUUGGAUACUGCGGCGAAAGGGGUAAAGAUGAAGAAGCAGUUUAAUCGGAUGAAACAGCUCGCCAACCAGACGGUUGGAAGGGCAGAAAAAACAGAAGUCCUCAGUGAUGAUCUUCUACAGAUCGAACGCCGCAUGGAGCUGGUGCGAAUGGUCUUGCAUAUUGCGCACAAGAAGAUGGCUGCUUGUCUGCAGGGUCAUGUCGGAGCAGACGUGGACAAGAGACACAAGAAACUGCCUCUGAUGAGCCUGUCCCAGGCUAUGCUGGAUGGUGGAGUGCAGCUGGGAGAGGAGUCAAUGAUAGGGAAGAUGAUGGAGUUGUGUGGGGAGGCUGAAAACAUGUUGGCCUACGAGCAGAGCCAGCAUGAAGUGCAGCUUGAGAGAGACGUCCUGGACCCGAUUAACCAGCUGGCAGAGGUUGAUAUUCCCAAUAUCCUGAAGCAGAGAAAGCAACUGGUCAAGCUUGUGCUGGAUUACGAUUCAGCAAAAGCAAGAUAUCAGCAGGCCAGCAAGUCAGUUUUCACGGCAGCAAACAACCAGUCGAUGGCAGCCAAGCUUGACUCUCUCAAAGAUGAGAUGGACGAAGCCCAUAAUAAAGUGGAGAUAUGUAAGGACCAGCUGGCUGCUGACAUGUACAACUUCUUCUCCAAAGAGGGUGAUUAUGCUCAUUACUAUGUUAUGUUGUUAGAGGCCCAAGCUGAGUACCACAGAAGAUCUCUGGCUUCCAUUGAAAGCAUCUUGCCUACUGUUAGAUCACAGCAAGAUACAUGGACAGAGAAGCCAGCAUUCGGCAUGGCACUGGAGGAGCACCUGAAACGCAGUGGCAGGGAGAUCGCCCUGCCCAUCGAGGCCUGCGUGAUGAUGCUGCUGGAGACCGGCAUGAGAGAGGAGGGGUUGUUCCGCAUCGCAGCCGGGGCCUCCAAGCUGAAGAAGCUCAAGGCAGCACUGGACUGUUCCACUUCACAGUUGGAGGAGUUCUAUUCUGACCCCCACGCUGUGGCUGGAGCUCUGAAGUCUUACCUGCGUGAGCUACCUGAGCCUCUGAUGACCUUCCAGCUGUACGAUGAUUGGAUUCAAGCCUCAAGUGUUUCAGACCCAGAUAAGAGACUGCAGGCUCUAUGGGUGAUAUGUGACAGAUUGCCAAAGGCCAACAAGGCAAAUCUGAGGUAUUUGGUGAAGUUCCUUGCCAAGCUAGCUCAGGAGAGUGAGGUCAAUAAGAUGACCCCAAGCAACAUUGCCAUUGUACUGGGACCCAACCUGCUCUGGGCCAAGACUGAGGGGUCCCUUGCUGAAAUGGCGGCUGCUACCUCGGUCCAUGUGGUGACCAUAAUUGAACCCAUUAUCCAGCACUCUGACUGGUUCUUCCCAGAUGAUGUGGACUUUAACGUGUCAGGCAUGUUUGCCAUGCCUACGGUCCCCCCACACCAGCCUGGGUACCCGGGCACCCCUGAGCCCGAGCAGCCACCCAUCGACAGAAGGCGCCCGGGCAGCCAGGGGGCGCCAGAGGCUGAGACUCCCCGCAAAGACAGCAAACAGCCGGAGCACACUCCCCGUAGAGCCGGCACGCUCAAUAGAAAGCAGCACUCCUCGCCUGCCUUCCAGCCCCCUCUCCCUCCAGCUGAGGUGGGGGUGGCACUUGCAUCUACUGUGGCCGCCCCCCCGCUGCCCGUAGGGGGCUCGGAGGCGGGCCAGGCAGGGGCUGCAGCCCCUCCCACCCAGCAGCAUUUAGGCCAGCUGCAGUCCGCUGAGGAUAGCAGUGUUGUCAGAGAACCGACCUCCACGCCUCCGCCCCUGAGGAAUGGACCAGGAGGCCCCACUGGAACCUCUGGGCAGCUGACUGUGGGGACUCCAGUGUCAGCUUCCAAAGGCCCCAGUCCACACUUGAUGCGCAAAGGCACAAAGAAGCAGGCCCCAGCACCACCCAAAGGAACCCAGACCCCUAAGCCCAUGCCCAUCUCCCCUACCCCACCUCAGAGCACAGUUACCAGCUCUGCCCAGCCUACCUUGAUGCCACGCCGCCACUCCAGCAACCAGAUCCCCAUGCAGGCCCCAAGCCACCCUCCCCCCCACCCUCCACAGAGCAUGGCUGAUCCAGAGUCCUCCCCACCCAGCUCGCCCACGCCGCCAGACACCCCCCCCCACGACGGGCCCCAGGCCACCCCGCUGUCAUCCUUCCACUCGGGUUCCCUCUCUCGGCCCAGGCCAGUGCCCCGGCCGCGGCCCAGGCCCAGCGUACCACCACCGCCCCAGCCUGCCACCGAGGGCACCAAUGGGGUAUAUGGCUCUGCAUCCAAGAUCAUAACUGAUGUGGCCGUGUCUUUGAAGGGGCCAGGGCGGGUCCUUGUCCCUGAGAUAGCUGUGGAACAGCCUGUGGCAACACUUCCUGAUCCUGACCACCAAUCAGAGAGCACCAUUCUGUGAUGUGGGGUGGAUAGGAAAAUCAUCCUCACACAGUCUAUCAUUCCCUUUACUCCUGAUUUUGUACCCCAGGGGGAAUUCCUGAAGACAAUCAGUCCUUGCUUUUUGGAUCUGGACCACCGCCCCUCCUCCCUUUCAAGCACUGAUGGAACUUCUUAAAAGCUGUUACUGUUUUUCCAUUUUCAACGCUGCAGAUAUAUUAUAACUUGAUAUGGGAAGGUAAGCAGAUAGACAUGCUUUAUAAUAUACCAGUACCAUAUAAACUGUAACCUCUCUCACCUUCUAGAAUGUUCCAGGUGGCCUGGGCUUGAAACUUAGAAUGUUUCAAUGAAUUUUAUGUUUUUGUGUUAUGUAUGUAUACACAUGUAUUAUUACUUGUGACUUUGGAAGUGUAUUUACUGCACGAUUGUAAGGUAAGGGGGAAACCAAACUGAGCUUCAUCUUAAACAGGAUCCAUAGACACUCCUAACUCUGUGUGUACUGCAUUGGGAGUAUGCUAUUUUUCUGUCUCAUUCCUGCCAUUCCUGCCAUCUUCUUUAACUCUGUCAGGCAACUUACUAGAGUGCACGAUUAAAUUUUUUUUGCGCCUCAGAUGGUGUUAGAGAUUUUUACAAGACCAACAAUUGGCUUAUAGAAUAUGGUUAUAAUAUGCGUGGCGUACUGAACCUUUGAGUUCAAAUGGCCUGUGUUGGAAAUACAGGAUAUGGCUAAAUAUCAAGUAUUGUUUGACUUUGGUGCAAUAUUGGAUGCAUAUUACAAUUUUACGUUUGAGAUUUAGACAAUCACUUUUUUCACCACUUGUUUUAUUUGAAAGAAAAUCAUACUGAAAUGGUAUAGCUUCACAGGGUUUGAUCUAAUGGACCAAAAAAUACAGCAAUACAACAAAAUCAAAACAAAAUUCCAAAAUAUCUACUUCAACUUCUAUUAAAUACAGAUGUCAUUGAUAUUCUUAUUUGGCCAUAAGAGUUGCCUAAUUUUGUAGACACAUAACAGUAUUUAACCCUACCAGUUGAAAGGUUACUUUUCCCUAUGUGUCUGAAUUUCAUCUCUUUCUAAAAUAGGCUUGGCCAUUUCAGGUAAAAAGCUGCACAGUUUUGAAGUCCUCUAAAAAGGACCCAUUACUGAACUCCUAGAAAGGCUUUGUUGGAGGGGCUGGGAUAGAGUGGGAAUUUUGAGUUUUUAAAGUCUCCAGGCCUUUUUUUAAAAAAAAUAACUUUCUGUAAUGUAUUUUUUUCUACUUUUCCUUCUCAGAGCACAUUACCUUUGCCUUGAGCCACAGAAUUAGUAAAAAUGGAUGAGUAUUUUAAUGGUUCAGUUCAACUCAGGAAACAGUUGGAAAAGCAACAGCCAUUCAUCCAUUUCAUUACUGACUUGCAAAUCCUGUUUUUCCUAUGAUAUGCUAUCCCUGAAUGACUUUUAAAUGUUGAUUUUUAUUUUUCUUAAAAUUUUCUUGGCUCUUUUAUUCCAUGUGAGCAGCAUUUCAAUGGCUUACUUGGUUCUAUGGAGUGAAUAAAGAUAGUAUAUUGUA